AUGGCUCUCCCCAAGCGCAUUAUCAAAGAGACGGAACGGCUCAUGGCCGAGCCUGUUCCUGGAAUCAGCGCCGUUCCCCACGAGGACAACCUGCGAUACUUUGACGUCGAGAUCCACGGUCCUGCCCAGUCGCCAUACGAAGGCGGCGUCUUCAAGCUCGAGCUCUUCCUACCCGACGACUACCCCAUGACUCCUCCCAAGAUUCGCUUCCUCACAAAGAUCUUCCACCCCAACGUUGACAAGCUCGGCCGCAUCUGCCUCGAUGUCUUGAAGAACAACUGGUCUCCCGCCCUCCAGAUCCGAACGAUCCUGCUCUCGAUCCAAGCCCUCUUGGGUGCCCCGAACCCCGACGACCCCCUCGCCGCCGACGUUGCCAAGAGCUGGAAGGAGGACGAGCAGGCGGCCAUCGCAACGGCCAAGGAGUGGACCACAAAGUACGCGCAACCCUGA